UUGAUUUGUCUUACUCGGACAGGGUAUGCGGGCAGACUCACGUAAUUUGACGCAGACUCAAAAGUCUGCGUAUCGCUAACGCAUCCAAUAUAUUUAUUUUUACUUUAGGGAUGUUACGUAUACACUCCGGAGAAUCGAAACUGAAACUGAACAGUGGGGUUUUUAAAACAAACCCAGCAACAGUCUUCUCCUGACUAGGCAGCAUUCAGGCAGAAAUCAGCUGCAUAUUGGUUACAUGGUUAGAGUUUGGAAGCUGCUAAUUGUGUUGUUUGACAGAACUUAGUAAAUAUGACUACAGCCGAUGAAAACGGACUAUGGCUAAUCAUGAAUUGUUUUAUGAAUAAAUUAAAGCACCUUAUACGUGUAGAACCUGUGUUGGAUUUUAUUACCUUUAUCCAACCAGAAGAUAAAGAAGCAAUAAGACAUACAGCUAAAGAAAAGGGUGACAUAUGCGCAGCAGAGCUUCUGCUGCAAACGAUAGUAACCAAGCCUCAUAUUGAAGGUUGGUUAAGGGAAUUCGUCACUGCUCUCGAAUCAGCAGGUUGUAAACAUGCAGCAAAAUAUGUCGACCCUUCAGAACUCCCACCGCCGUCUUUGGAGGCUACGAAUGAUUACUGUACUCGCCUCAUUGAGCUGCUUGCUCCAGAUCUUGUAGAAAAAAUGAACACAAAAGACGUUGUUUUCCGAUGUUAUACACUAAAUAUUCUGACUCAGGAAGACAACGAAAAGAUCACAGCAGAGGUUACAAAUUCAGGAAAUACAAGUGGUGCAAGGCUGCUUCUAAGAAGAAUAGUGCAAACCGAAGCUGGCUGGUUUUCUAAGUUUUUGGAAGCACUAAGGUUAUGCAAGCAUGAAGACCUUGCAGAACAGUUAACUGGAGUAAAUCAUUUUGAUCCAGAAGAAGGGCAAACAGUGGAAGAAGACAGCAAACCUGGAGUCUUAGUUGCUGAUCAAGAACCUGUUGAAAACGAAGAACAAAGUGAACAAAACAACAACGUUUCCCUGGAUAACGAGAAGAGCCUCAACAAUAGCCUGGCUGGCAAUGAUAGCAACCCAGAGGAAUCAAUUGGGGAUGAGUCUGAAAAUCUAGAGUCUGACUUGUAUUCAGCUGAUGCAGAAGCAAAGGGAAAUGAAGACAUAUCCCCUGAUCAACGUUUCCAGGCAGACGCUUCCAAUGAAGGAGAUGCACAAAGUACAGGCUUCCCUGCACUUGAUAUACAUCUCCGAGAUUACCAGAUGGAGGUGGCAUUGCCAGCCUUGGAAGGAAAAAACAUAAUUAUCUGCCUUCCAACAGGCAGUGGAAAAACCAGAGUGGCGGUGUACAUUACCAAAGAACAUCUGGUUAAAAUGAAAGCAAACAGAAAACCAGGGAAAGUUGUAGUACUGGUUAACAAGGUACCACUUGUGGAGCAGCAUUACCGCACAGAGUUUGGGAAAUUCCUAAAGCAUUUGUACAAAGUCGAAAAGGUCAGUGGGGAUUCUCAACUUAAAAUCUCCUUCUCGGAUGUUGUGAAAAAGACCGACAUUCUCAUCUGUACAGCCCAGAUCCUUGAAAAUUCCCUUUCAAAGGCAAACAAAGAAGAUGAAGAGGGAGUUUUAUUGUCGGAUUUCUCCCUGAUGAUCAUUGAUGAAUGCCAUCACACUCAGAAAGCUGGUGUAUAUAAUAGUAUCAUGACUCGUUACAUUAACCAAAAAAUGAAGAACAACAGACUGAGGAAAGAGAACAAGAAGGAAAUGCCCCUUCCUCAGAUUCUGGGUCUGACAGCAUCUCCAGGUGUGGGAGGAGCAAAGAAGCAGUCAAAAGCCGAGGAGCACAUCUUGAAAAUCUGUGCAAAUCUAGAUGCUUACAAAAUAAUGACUGUGCAAAGAAAUGCUGAAGAGCUUGGAGAAAAAGUGAAAGAGCCUUACAAAACCUUUGCAAUCGCUGAAGAAAGAAGAGAGGAUCCCUUUGGAGAUGUGAUUAAAAGAAUUAUGCAAGAAAUUCACAGACACUGCGCCAUGCAUCCUUCCUCAGACCCAGGCACACAAAAUUAUGAGCAAUGGGCUGUUCAAAAAGAGAAAACAGCGGCAAAAGAAGAAAACCAAAGAGACCGUGUUUGCGCUGAACACCUGCGUAAAUACAAUGACACACUGCAGCUGAACGAUACCAUUCGAAUGGCUGAUGCCUUUGACUAUGUGAAGAACUUCUACAAGGAGGUAGAGAGGAAGAAAUUUCAGCCUGAUGAGGAAACUGGAGCAGAAAGAGAAAUCAGUGAAACAGAUAGAGUUCUUUUUAACUUGUUUCGUGACAACCAGAAGGAGCUUGAAGAAUUGUCUAAGAAGCCCGAGUAUGAGAAUGAAAAACUGGCACAACUGAGGAAAACUAUACUUGAACAGUUUACUAGAAAAGGAGAAGCAAGAGGAAUUAUCUUCACUAAGACUCGACAGAGCGCAAUUGCUCUACAUCAGUGGAUUCAAGAUAAUGAAAAAUUUGGUGAUGUUGGAGUCAAGGCUAAUUACCUUAUCGGUGCAGGACAUAACAGCGUAGUCAAGCCAAUGACUCCAGCUGAGCAAAGAGACGUUAUUGAAAAAUUCCGUACUGGAGAGAUCAACUUGAUUGUUGCAACUACAGUAGCUGAAGAGGGACUGGAUAUAAAGCAGUGUAACAUUGUCAUCCGCUAUGGUCUGGUGACCAAUGAAAUUGCAAUGGUACAGGCCAGAGGACGAGCCAGAGCAGAUGAAAGCACCUAUGCUUUGGUGGCACAGGAGGGAACGGGUGUUGUCGAACGUGAGAGUGUCAAUAUCUUUCGAGAAAGUAUGAUGAAGAAAGCCAUUGCGAAAGUGCAAAAGUUACCACAAGCCGAGUACAUGAAAAAGAUUCUGGGGUUUCAGAUGCAGAGUAUAGUGGAAAAGAAGGUGCAAGCUAAGAAAAAAAAACAAAAGGUGCUUCAUGAAGACCCGUCAAAACUGAAAUUCCUUUGCAAAGGCUGCAACCGACUCGUCUGUUCUGGGGAAAAUAUCGAGGUUAUUGAAGACAGCCACCAUGUCAAUGUUACAGAAGCAUUUAAAGAGCUGUUUGUUGUCAGAGAAAAUAAAUCUUUGCAGAAGAGACUCCUGGAUUACCAAGUUAAUGGUGACAUUGAAUGCAAACACUGUACUCAGACAUGGGGUACAAUGAUGCUGCAUCGAGGAGUGGAGUGCCCUUGUUUGGGAUUAAAACAUUUUGUUGUGGUCCAUGAUGACAAGGACACGAAAACUUACAACAAAUGGAAUGAACUGAAAACCAAGUUUACACCCUUUGACUAUGUUGAGCAUGUUUCAAUAGCAGACAGUAGUUCUGAUGAUGAUUGAUUUGUGAUAUAUCAGUUCACAGUUCUAAACGCAAAGGGUACUUCGUACUUGCAUUUUAAAACAGGGGUUUUAUCUUUAUUGUUUUAAUUAUACUGGAACCUGGAAUUUUAGAGUUACUCAUGUAUGUGUUUCGUGUUUGUUUGUUUUUUGCUUUAAAACAGUAUGAAUGUUCUCACAUAUAUAAAUGUACUGUACUUGCAUUGGCAUUUAGCUUUGAAUGAUAUUUACUAAUAAAAACUGAACCAAU